UUCAUCUCCUUCUUGUAGCUUUGACUGAAGGAACUGCUCGGUAGGCAGCGCGCUCGAAACGAAUUCAACGGGUAGGCUGCCUCGAGAGCGUUCGCCAACGACGAGUUGCGCUUCUCUGUAGUUGGUCAACGCAGCGAGUCUGCCACUUUUGGAGACGGCCAGCCAUGUGCCGCCUCGGGCAGCAUCUUGUCCUGCGAGGAUGUCCUGGUCUGCCCACCAAUGCGCAGGCUGGGAGGCCCGAGAGAAGAACUCGUCCCUGUUGCUCAGUAGGAUGAGCUUGUAGAGCGGGUGCUUCCGUGAGAGGAGCAGGAUACACAUCUUAGGCUACGAGGUGUCUCUCAGCAAAGCAAUGAGCGGGUCAGCAGUAGCAACAGCAGAGCAGCAGCAGCAGUAGAGCAGCAGCAGUAGAGUGUUAGCCGUACAGUAGAAACAGGUCGAGGACGACGCGCGACAAGCAGCGACCAGACCAACCCACGCACGAGAAGCCCAAGAGUGCGCAAUGGCAGACAAGAUGGACGUAGACGCGCCUGCAGCUGCACCAGGCAAGGACAAGCAGGAACGACCCCGAUUUGAGGUCAAGAAGUGGAACGCCGUGGCUCUCUGGGCCUGGGAUAUCGAGGUCGACAAUUGUGCCAUCUGUAGGAAUCACACUAUGGAUCUAUGCAUCGAGUGCCAGGCAAAUCAGGCGUCCGCCACUACAGAAGAGUGUACGCUUGCGUGGGGACAGUGCAAUCACGCCUUCCACUUCCAUUGCAUCUCGCGAUGGCUCAAGACAAGGCAGGUUUGCCCGCUUGAUAACAGGGAGUGGGAGUUUCAAAAGUAUGGUCGCUAGAGAUGCUGCAGGUA